GCCUCCGCGGAUCGCUUCGAAAAUGGGGAGGAGGUGCAGUACUUCAGCGAGACGAAGGAACGAUGGAUCGACGCGGUCGUGGAAGGCCACCACGCCAAGGACGGGGCCAUCGUCGCGUACGACCUCAAUUGCAAGAAGGGGGUUCCGGCCGAGCGGCUGCGCCACUCUGGGGUCCAGUACAAAGUAGGCGAGCUGGUGGAAUACUGGAGCGCCUCGGGACAUCGGUGGAUGCCUGCGAAGGUGGAGCGGCUGAAUUUGGAGGCACGGGCCUGUGACCUGGACGUGAAGCCGGGAGCUCCUCUGAACCGAGUCCGCAAGGUCUCGGGUGCUUCGGAAGCUUCCGCCUCGCUGCAGAAGGCGAGCGCCGCGCACGUCCCGAACGUCACAGCACUGCAGGUCGACGUGCCUCCCCCUCCGCUGGCCUGCGGCUUCAAAGCCGGAGACCAGGUGCAGUACUUCAGCGAGACGAAGCAGAGGUGGGUGGAGACGCUGGUGCUCCGCAUGUUCGAACUGGAGGGCAACAUUUGCUACGACCUGGACUGCAAGAAGGGAGUCUCCGCCGACAAGGUCCGCUCCUCGCCACGGGCCUCCCAAGAGCGCUACGAGGUCGGCGAGCAAGUGGAGUACUGGAGCGUCUCGGCGGGCCGGUGGCUGCCUGCGAAGGUCCAGGUCGUUCGAUUGGACCUCGGCCGCUGCGACCUGGACAUCAA